GGUGUAGCAGUAUGCAAACCGUCUGAGUUGGAAAAUUGCAUGCUUUUACUUGCGAUUCUUAAAGAAGAAUAAAUAUAUAUGCUAGAUUAUAUAUUGGAGAGAAGGAGACGCCAUCUCAUAAGAACUCAAAUCGUCUUGGUGGUGCAGAGAUUUUGAUCAUCAACGACGUUGUUUUCUCUGAAGAUAAAGUUCACUACUCUGAAUAUUCUGCCAAUUAGUUUUUGGUUUUGUGAAACAUGAGUCAAUCAAGAGGCUCACCGAAUAGACGACGUACAGAUGUGGAGGCCGGAUUCAGUCAGGCCGGUGACUCGGACGAUGAAGAGUCUUCAUCAAGUACUUUUUUCGGCCGCCUCAAGCGUUGGAGGGCUGCAUAUCUUUUCAAAGAGGCUGGAAACAAACAAGUGAAUGAAAUUGAACUGCCGAAACCAAGUUCUGCUGGCGAUUUUCCAAUUGGACAGGAGCAACUAGUUUCAAUGACGAGGGAUCAUAAUUUUCCUGCUCUGCAACAAUAUGGGGGGGUUAAAGGGCUGGGAGAUUUAUUAAAAACAAAUCUAGACAAGGGAAUUCAUGGAGAUGAUGCUGAUUUACUGAAACGUAAAAAUGCAUUUGGAACAAACACAUAUCCUAUAAAAAGAGCGAGGAGUUUUUGGACAUUUCUCUGGGAAGCUUGGCAAGAUCUUACUCUGAUAAUUUUGAUGGUAGCUGCAGUGGCUUCUUUACUACUGGGUAUAAAGACACAGGGUAUAGAUGAUGGCUGGUAUGAUGGGAGCAGCAUUGCUUUUGCAGUUAUCCUUGUUAUUGUUGUCAAAGCCAUAAGCGAUUACAGACAAUCUCUUCAGUUCCAGAUUUUAAAUGAGGAAAAGAGAAAUAUACAUUUGGAGGUCAUUAGAGGUGGCAGACGAGUUGAGGUCUCAAUUUUUGAUCUUGUUGUUGGUGAUGUUGUACCCCUUAACAUUGGCGAUCAAGUCCCUGCUGAUGGCAUUUUAAUAAGCGGUCACUCACUUGCAAUAGAUGAGUCAAGCAUGACAGGAGAGAGCAAGAUUGUUCGUAAGGACUCCAAGGAACCAUUUCUAAUGUCUGGCUGCAAAGUAGCAGAUGGUAGUGGUACUAUGUUGGUAACCAGUGUUGGGGUUAGUACCGAAUGGGGAUUGCUCAUGGCUAAUAUUUCAGAAGAUACUGGUGAAGAAACCCCUUUGCAGGUGCGCUUAAAUGGGGUGGCUACUUUCAUUGGAAUUGUCGGACUUACAGUAGCUUUUGCUGUCUUGGUUGUCCUAUUGGUCAGAUACUUUACUGGCCAUACAAAAAGUGCAAAUGGAACUGCUCAGUUUACAGCCGGAAAGACUAAAUUAGGAGAUGCCAUAGAUGGAGCCAUUAAGAUUGUUACUAUAGCAGUCACCAUUGUAGUGGUUGCCGUUCCUGAAGGGCUUCCCUUAGCUGUUACCUUGACGCUUGCCUACUCGAUGAGAAAAAUGAUGGCAGAUAAGGCCUUGGUACGAAGGCUAUCUGCAUGUGAAACCAUGGGCUCUGCCACAACUAUAUGCUGUGACAAGACUGGAACCUUAACUUUGAACCAGAUGGCUGUGGUUGAGGCUUUUACUGGUGGGAAGAAAAUUGAUAUCUCUGACAAUAAGUCAGACUUGUCUCCAAUGCUAUCAGCUUUGCUUAUUGAAGGCAUCGCACUGAAUUCAACUGGCAGUGUUUAUGUGCCUGAGACUGGUGGUGAUAUAGAAGUUUCUGGUUCACCAACUGAAAAGGCAAUUCUGCAAUGGGGAAUCAAGCUUGGAAUGAAUUUUGAAGCCAUCAAGUCUGAAUCUUCGGUUCUUCAUGUGUUCCCAUUCAACUCUGAGAAAAAGCGAGGUGGCGCUGCUGUUGAAUUGCCCAAUUCUGAAGUUCAUAUACACUGGAAAGGGGCUGCUGAAUUAGUAUUGGCCUCAUGUACAAAGUACCUUGAUGAAAAUGAUCAGUUGGCAGCAAUGGAUAAUGACAAGUCAAUGAUGUUCAGGGAGUCCAUUGAGGAUAUGGCUGCUCGCAGUUUGCGUUGUGUUGCUAUUGCAUAUAGAUCAUAUGAAUUAGAAAGCGUUCCAACCGAUGAACAACAACUAGCUCUGUGGGAAUUGCCUGAUGACGACCUUGUUCUGCUUGCUAUUGUUGGUAUUAAGGAUCCUUGUCGGCCAGGGGUUAGAGAAGCAGUGCAACUAUGCCAAAGAGCUGGUGUUAAGGUAUGCAUGGUUACGGGCGACAAUGUUCAAACUGCAAAAGCAAUUGCUUUGGAAUGUGGCAUACUUACUUCUGAUUCAGAUGCUACUGAGCCAACUGUCAUUGAGGGAAAAGUUUUUCGUGGCCUUUCUGAUGGGCAGAGAGAAGAGUUUGCUGAGAAGAUUUCGGUGAUGGGGCGGUCUUCCCCCAAUGACAAGCUUCUGCUUGUGCAAGCAUUGAGGAGAAAGGGACAUGUUGUUGCUGUUACUGGAGAUGGCACUAAUGAUGCUCCUGCACUGCGUGAGGCCGACAUUGGUCUUGCUAUGGGUAUUCAAGGGACUGAAGUUGCCAAAGAGAGUUCAGAUAUCAUCAUAUUGGAUGAUAAUUUUGCUACAGUUGUGAAGGUUGUUAGAUGGGGUCGAUCUGUAUAUGCAAAUAUUCAGAAAUUCAUCCAAUUCCAGCUUACAGUCAAUGUUGCAGCACUAAUUAUAAAUGUCGUGGCAGCGAUUUCCUCUGGUGAUGUUCCACUAAAUGCUGUUCAGCUUCUGUGGGUGAAUCUUAUCAUGGAUACUCUUGGAGCACUAGCGUUGGCUACUGAGCCUCCUACAGAUCACUUGAUGGACAGAAACCCUGUUGGUCGAAAAGAGCCUCUUAUAACAAAGAUAAUGUGGUGGAACUUGUUGGUUCAGGCUUUCUACCAAAGCAUCGUCCUGCUUAUCCUCAACUUUCGUGGGAUAAGUAUACUGCAUUUGACACAUGAUCCCAACAGAGACCAUGCUAACAAGCUGAAGAAUACACUGAUAUUCAAUACCUUUGUCCUUUGUCAAAUUUUCAAUGAAUUCAAUGCUCGAAAGCCUGAUGAGUUUAAUAUAUUCAAAGGAAUUACUAAGAACCAUCUCUUUAUGGGAAUAGUGGCAAUAACACUUGUACUUCAGGUUAUCAUCAUCGAGUUUCUGGGAAAGUUUACUAAGACAGUCAAACUUGAAUGGAAUCAUUGGCACAUUUCUGUUGUUAUUGCCUUUAUCAGUUGGCCCCUUGCAGUAACUAAGUUUUUCGAAGCAGCCAUAUUUGGUGACCAGAAUUCACUUGUGGAGAAUGGUUUGACAUGUUUGGGAUGAUGGAUUUGUUUAUAUGCAAAGAAAUAUCCCAACCUUGCAUUUUCCCUGUUUUUGGCUAACACGUCGAAUCAUAGUUUCACAGAAAUCACAAACUAAUAUUUUGUUACGUAGGACAUAUAUCUGCAGUAAUUCAGCUAAAAUCUCUGGUGACUGGAUUUCACUUGUGCAGUUUUUAUAUACUUAAGAGUGAUUUGUGGUUUUAUAGUUUGACAUGUUUUGGGAUGA